UCGAUCUAUUUUUGAUUAAUUAUUAAUCAAUUCAAAAUUUGGUAACAUAUUAGUUCAAUUUACAAGGUCACAUGCUACAAGGUAGUACAUACCAGGUCGGUUCAGUUUAUAGUCAAUCUGACGACAGACCUUUGUCCCAUGAGGGUUUCCGAAGCUACAGUUUUUCAUGACGGCGAAUUACGUUUAUGGUUAAUUCUUUUGUGUAGUUUAAGAUAUAUUGAUUCAUGGUAUAGAAAUAGUCAUGGACCCUCAAAUCUUGAUAUGGGAAUAGGCCAUGUUCCCAAAUAAACAAAUUCAAGCGUGGACUCGAUCAUGGUAUUAAAUAUAUUUGUUGAACAUUAUAACUACACAAAGCUAAUCGUGACUUUAGCUUGCAUAAAAACUCUUUCACGUUUCAAAGCUCAAUAAACGUUGACAAUUAAACCACUAAAAACAACAAAAAUGGUUCAACCCGAAAACUACUUUGUUCUGGAUCCGAGAGAAGCCACCGUCAUGGAUCUGAUGCGGCUUCUCCUCUACUCGGAUCUCGAGAAUAGAAAGUUCGUUGAUACUUCCGUAGAGAAUCUUGAGAACCGUCUUUGCGAAAUCGGGGGACGGUGGAUUAUUUUUGUAUCCAUCGUUGUUCAGAAACUCCUGAUUAUCCUCAGGAAACCUCUCUCGUUCUUGGGAUUCGCUCUUGGCUUUUGGCUCAACCUUCCUUCUUCCAAUGGUGGCUUCUUCAAGAUUUUCCUAAAUCUUGUCAGAGGAAGGUUUAUUUGGCCGGAAAAAACAGCAGCGACAUUUGCAUCGGUAAACGGAAACCUAGACCAAAAAGUAGAGUUAGGUUUAGGCCGGAGCAUAAAGAUAGGAGAUGAAAGAUACAAACCACUGUUGUCAAUUAUGGCUUCUAAGCUGUCUUACGAGAACGAAAACUUUAUCAGAUCCGUUCUUCAAGACCAUUGGCAGAUGGACUUAUUGGGUUUCUACAGCUGUCCGAAUGAUUUUGAUCAAACGAGGUCAACAGAGGUGAUUGUUAUAAGGGACACAAAAGAAAAUUCGAACCUUAUCAUCGUCAGUUUUAGAGGAACCGAUCCUUUCAACGCCGAUGAUUGGUGUACAGACCUUGAUCUCUCUUGGUACGAGGUUAUUAUGAAUAAAAAUAGGCACGACGUUAUGAAUGUGGGAAAGAUCCACGGCGGAUUCAUGAAAGCUUUAGGCCUUCCGAAAGAAGGAUGGUAUGAAGAAAUAAACUCUGACCAAACCCAAAAUAAAACAAGUCAACUUGCAUACUACACAAUUUUACGUCAGUUAAAAGAGGUUUUCGAACAAAACCCAACAUCCAAGUUUAUCCUGACCGGACAUAGCCUAGGUGGAGCCCUAGCGAUCCUGUUCACAGCCGUAUUAAUGAUGCAUGAUGAGAAGAAAAUGUUGGAGAGGCUUGAAGGAGUUUACACAUUUGGUCAGCCUCGCGUAGGAAACGAGAAUUUUGGAAUUUUCAUGACAGACAAGUUAAAGGAAUUUGACGUGAAGUACAAAAGAUAUGUUUAUUGCAACGACAUGGUUCCUAGGUUGCCUUUCGACGACAAGACACUCAUGUUCAAACAUUUUGGGGACUGCCUUUACUGUAACAGUUUCUACAAAGGAAAGGUGGAAGAAGAGGAGCCAAACAAAAACUACUUCAAUAUAUUUUGGGUUAUACCGAAGAUAUUAAACGCAGUGUGGGAGUUGAUAAGGAGUUUCAUCAUAUCUUGUUGGCAAGGUAAAGAAUACAGAGAAGGAUGGUUAUUGACGUGUUUUAGGCUUGUUGCAUUGUUGAUUCCGGGACUUCCUGCUCAUUUUCCUAAUGAGUACGUCAAUGUUGCUCUUUUGGGAAACUUUCCUCCUCACGUACCCGAUUCUCAAAAUUUACAUGCUGAUGACCUCAAUGUUUCCCUCUUGAGAAACUAAAGUUGGCAGCAUCGUCUCCAAAAUUUUGUUUUAUAAUUAGUGUGUUCGUACUAUCUUUCGUAUACGUAAACUCUUUCUUUGAAUUUUUUUUUUUGUUUUGAUAUAUAUAUUUUGUUGUUUGUUUAUUUGGAUUACUAGGACUUAGACCCCCCGCGAUGUCGCGGGGGAAAAGAUUUCAGGCUAUUUUGAAGAAAAACGAAAUGUCAUAAUGAAUUGAGACAACAAGUUUCAAAACAAUUUUUUUUUAACAAUAAAUAAAGAUAUAUUUUACAAAAAAAAUAUGAUAAAGAAACGUAAACUCUCACAAAUACUUUUUAAGA